AUUAAUUUACUCCGUAUUACUCCCUCCGUCCCGCUAUAUUUGUCCACUUUUAACUUUUGGAACUGUUCAUCUAAGCACUUUGACUCAUCAAAUUCUCUCAAUGUGUAAGCCUAAAUAUAGUCAUGCGUGAUCUUGUUUGAUUUGUCUUAACAUAUAGAUUAUUAAUAUAUAAUUUCUAUAAUUUUUUAAUAUACAAAUUACAAGAUAAAAUAGAUUAAAGAAGUGUAUUGGAUUGGAUAACUUAACAAACCAAAUUUACAUGAACAAUGAACAAAAGCUACAUACAAGGACUAAAAAUAAAUUUAAUUCCUUAAUAAAUACGUAGUAGAGAGUAAUAAACAAUUUUUAACCAACAUAACAAAAAAUGAAAAUUACCGCGACCCAAACCCCUGGCAUCACCACUCCCUGGCCCACUUGAAUCCCGCAGAACACCAGCCACCACUUUCCCUUCUUAAAUACAUGACCUUCACAUCGUCCCUUUCCCCUCACCACCGCCGAGCACUCUUUCAUUUCUUCUUCUCCACUUUCUUUCUCCAUAGACUUCUUCUCAGACCUCUCUGUAAUAUCAAUUUAAUAAAAGAAAAUGGCCAUCAGAAAAUCGAGCAAGCUGCCGCUGCAAACGGCGGCGAUCAAGCAGAUUCUGAGGAGGUGUUCGAGCAUGGGGAGGAAGACCGCCGGCUACGACGGGGACGAAAUGUCGCCGCCGGUCGACGUCCCGAAGGGCCAUUUCGCGGUUUACGUCGGGGAGAAGAGGGUCCGGCACAUCGUCCCGAUCUCCUUCCUCAGCCGGCCGGAGUUCCAGUGCCUCCUCCGGCGCGCCGAGGAGGAGUUCGGGUUCGAUCACGACAUGGGCAUCACUCUCCCCUGCGAGGAACUCGCCUUCCGCUCCUUAACUUCCAUGCUCAGGUAGAAGCGCUUCCCGGCGGCGGCGGCGGCCUCUGCGGUUCCCUUCUUUUCUUUUCUUUUUUUUUUUUUGAAAACUCAUUUUGGGCUGAUGUAUGUCCUCUAACCCGACCCGACCCAUGGCUUGUUUUUUUUUUUAAAGAAAAAUGGGUUAGAAUGUGUAAUUCAGAAGAGAUGGAGGAGGAGUUGUGGUGUUGGGUUUUUCCCCUGAGCGGCGGUGUGUGUGGGUGUGUUUUGUUCAUAAGCCCUUUGAUGAUUUGGAGAUCAACAAAACUAAUCUUUGAUU